CAUCACGAUCCAUGUUCCUCGCUCUUUAAAUUCAAACCACGCCAAACCCGCCCCGCCCUCGUAAAUAGCUACCUGGGAUGCCAUGAGAACCGUCGAAGAGUCAAGGAAGAGGUGGGACGCCAUCUUCCAAAGCAGCAAAGGGCCCUCCGACUUAAAGCGGGCCCUCAAGUUCGAAGACGAUAGCGAUAAUUGCGACGACACCUUGAGAUCGGUUUAUUGGAAGGCAUUCCUACUCUACAAUGACCUCGAUAUCUCAGAAUGGCCGUCAAAGAUAGCCGACUCGCGGAGCGCCUACUCCGCAUUACGAGACCACUUCUUGAAAUAUAUCGAGCAUCCGGAUGACCUACCAUCAACCGCUGACCCACUAGCGGAGGACGAGGAGUCUCCAUGGCAGUCCCUCCGGCGCGACGAAGCGAUAAGAGCAGAGAUAUACCAAGAUGUGGAAAGAUGCUUGCAGGAUAAUCACUUUUUCCGGGAGCCUUCUACAAAGGCUAAGAUGUUGGAUGUAUUAUUCAUAUAUACCAAGCUUAACCCAGAUCUUGGAUACCGGCAGGGCAUGCAUGAAUUGCUGGCACCCGUGUUAUGGGUAGUGGAGCGUGACAGCAUUGAAAAGAAAUCUCUACAAAGCAUGGGCGAUGAUCAAUCUUACGAUGAUCUGAUGUUGCAAGUGCUCGAUGAAACCUUUAUCGAGCACGAUGCUUUUACUCUGUUCUGCACCAUCAUGCAAGUCGCUAGGGUAUACUACGAACCUGGUGAACAACGCUCCGGAGCUGGCCAAAUGGAUGUGGCCCCCAUCGUUAAUCGCUGCCAGUACAUUCAUCAGGGUCUCUUAACAGUUGCUGAUGAAGGACUUGCUGAGCAUUUAUAUGCCAUUGAGAUCCUUCCACAGAUAUUCCUCACGCGCUGGAUCCGCCUAUUAUUCGGUCGGGAGUUCCCGUUUGACGAUGUUCUGGUUCUCUGGGACUUCAUUUUUGCAGAAGGCCUACGCACAGAGCUGAUUGACUUGAUUUGUGUCGCAAUGCUUCUGCGGAUUCGCUGGCAACUCUUGGAGGCCGACUACCCAAUGGCACUCUCCCUACUACUUCGCUAUCCAUCUCCGCAUCCGCAUCCGCCUUGGACAUUCGUACAGGAUGCACUAUACCUCGAACAAAACUUGACAGCCGAUAGAGGAUCUUUUCUGAUAUCUAAGUACUCAGGAAGACCACCUGAGCGGUCUUUCCAACACCAGACGAGGCCAAUGCUCGCUAGGACGACGUCGCUUCGUACAGAGUCCAGGGGCAUCAGCGGGAGCAGUUCUCCAGGCAGAUCACCAGCCAGAAGCAGCCAAAAGAAUCUCGAGACGAUCUUCCAGGAUGUUUCUCAGGGGAUCCAGCGUCGAACGGAAGCGUGGGGAGUAGCAAAGGCUGUCAGGGGAGCCAUGAACGAGGCUAGAAGAAACAUACAGACAAUUCAAUCUAAUGCGUCAUCGCCUACCUCGAGGCCUUGGCAGAGCCCUUCCAGCUCACAGAGCCCACCACGGGUUAGAGGACCGCACGUGGCAGAGCUGAAUAAGAAGAUCCAGCUUCUGGAAGAUCGCAACAAGCGGCUUUCGCGGAUGCUGGGUGAAGCGCUCAAUGUCCUCCAGUCACAGAAAUCGCAGACUGGGGAAGCAGAGCAACCCACUGAUACUACUUCGAGGGAGGCAUUCGAUCAAGCGUUGGCGAAAGCCCGUUCUGUUCAGUCGUAUCUCGAGGACUCAUCCAAAGCGAUAACACCUUCAGACAGAUCACAUGAAACAAGUGUUCAGAAGAAUGGCGAGGAUCGUGUAAAGCAAGGAGUAGUCCGCCCCGAUGUGCACGGGACCAAUGCAACCCAAAUUACACCGACUCUACCACAGAGCGGUGGAAUCGCAGCAAACACCGCUUCUAACCCCAAGCCAAUACAGCCAGUACCGCUCCGCCCAGCACAGCGACACGCCCUAGCAGACUCAGAGUUUUCCUGGAUGCUUGGUGAUAAGCGCCAUCACUCCAGUUUUGUAAGUUCCGCUUCGGUGCCUCCGGAGCAGAGUCGGCAUGGCGACAAGAUCAGACAGAACUCUCUUUUCACCGAUGGAAAAGGCGAGGAAAAUCGGAAAAAGUUCGCCGUGGGUGAUGAUGAUGACGAUGGUCUGGUGCUGAGUAGUCUUGGCGGCACCAAUAGCUGAAGACGAGCAGAGUGACAGAAACACAAUAAUACUAGGUAGACUUGCUAAUGUUAGGUUCAUACCCGUUACCAUAUUCCUAUUCCCAUUCACAGCGAGUGAUCAACGUCCUACUGUAGUAGGUAUCAUAACUUGAUCAUGGUUCAGAG